AUGUACACAGGCACACUACCACACUCGCCUAUUACCCGUGCACGCGUUCAUACAUGCGGCCAUUGUCUUCUCCAAUCGCCCACCCAGGCUAUUGGCAAGGCCGUGUUCAAGAACAAGAACCUGCUGAUCAACUUCAGUCUCAAUACAUACCCGCCGGAGGGACCCAAACACUCCACCCGAGACAAAUCUGGGACUUCAGGUGCACCACAGUCCCACAAAUCAGGGCCGGCAGGUGCAACCCAGCCCCACAGGUCAGGGCCAAUGCCCUGGAAGCAGCCCACCUCCACUUCACCCCAACCGGAACCACCGCAGCGGCCCACUUUGGACACUGAGGUCAGCCUACGGGUGCAUCUGGCAGCUGCUGAGUUAUCUUCAGCAGGUGCGGUCAUGAGUGUGUGGGUCAGACUGGGUUUGUUUGUAGAUACGGUGAAGGGCCAGAAAGAGCACGCUGGGCUGCUGAAUGGAGUGUUUGGGGUGAGUAACAUUGCGUUUGUGGGAACGGCGUUGCUGCCGGGGAAUGAAACGGAAACGGAUUCACCGCACAACGCCACUGAGCGCACGAGAAAGACAAAGACGUAUCCAUGCCUCAACGCCCUCACACUGAGCGUCGAGAAUAUGGUAGUGCAACACUCACACAUACCACGCGGCUGCAUCGCAUUAACACACUCGCACAUCCUCACACCUUACCCCACAGCUUCAAUCAAGUACCACUCCAACCCCAUCCUGAUUCUGGAUGUGAGUGACCUGAACCUCGAAAUCAAGGAUCACUGGGCGUGGCGAACGUCUGUGGGCGCGACCUCAGCCAUCGCCAACAGCGCUCAACGCUUCUUCGCACGUGGCGUAGACCUUGACAUCGACUCCAACUACAUCUACGUCAUCAUGUCAAAAGAGACGCUCCCCUCAUUCGCAAACGUGGCCAAGAAGAUCCAACGACUGAUGCAAGAGCAGGUGUCGCGGUUUGCGGGCACCAAAGGUGCAGGGGCGCGAAAAGACGCCAUGCUGAGUGAACUGCACAUGCCAUCAUCACUCGCCAAAGCGAAGGACAAGGUCAAUGCACUGCUCCCACUGCUCAACGGCACUGUCAGCAUCGGUGGGGAAGAGAUUCUGGUUGCUUGCUUCUGGCACAGCUUCAUGGACCCAUCCUGGGCGUUGUUCCAUCUGCGAGCCUACGAGAUGAACUUGGUCCAGCGUAUGAAUGGGAAGUUUGCCAAUCGGCGGUGUGACAUUACGCUUGGUGACCCAGGGGCGUACUCGCUGUCGGUGCGGCAAAUGUAUGGCCCCGUGGGCACGGCUAAGGUGUACAACCUGGACAUUGAAGAGUGGAUAGAUCGUGUGGUAGAAGCUCAGUCGACGCACAGAAUCAUCCACGCCGGUCAGAUGCACAUGCGUCUCCGCAGUCACCACAAUCUGAUGUCGCCCAUAAUUCAGGUCAAAAUGGUGACGGAGUUCCCCGACAGCAUCGAGGUGUCGGUGGACGUGUCCAUGUACCUGUGGAUUAAACAGUUGGUUAAUCUCUACAUCGAUGAAGCCAAGCAGCGUCGCAUGGACCGCCACCCCACCACGGGCGACCGUCGAGAAUCCGAGAACUCCCUCUACGAGGACGCCGUCAACGUGUCUACCGGCACCGGUCUAGACCCACUGGGGAUUGAUGAUCUGUACCUUUCACCACUGGGCCAACACCGGGUGUCAAAGUUCGAUACUACGCCCAUUGAUAGCGACGCCGAGCCCCCCACUGAGGACACUGUGAAUGGCGAUGCGACGGCCAGCGAUGUUAUUAAUGCGGAGCCUGUGGAUGGAAAUGGGAACGUACAACAGAGCGAACUCGAAGCCACGGACACGCACGAUGAUAAGAUGCUCUACGAGACGCUACAGUUUGUGCUUAACCCUGAGCUUACGAUCGCUAGUUACAGGGGAAGUAAUUUUGCUCCGCCGGAUAUCGAAUGGCUCUUAUCCAAAUUGGGAUUCAAGAAUUCUCGUCUCACUAUACCAAAGGAAAUUCACGAGAUACUGGUAGAUAAUCUGGUGAAAAUACUGAACUUGUACGCUAGCCAAACGUCCGACCACGAAGUAUUGGUGGUAAUGAGGGACGAUACAAACCCCAGCGGCACAGCACAGUAG